AUGGCUUUCCAUGUGGAGGGGCUGGUGGCCAUAGUUGUAUUCUACCUGGCUAUCCUGGCAGUUGGGAUAUGGGCUGCCUGGAAAACCAAGAACACUGGCAGCGAAGGAGAUCGCAGCGAAGCUAUUAUAGUCGGUGGAAGAGACAUUGGCUUACUAGUUGGUGGAUUUACAAUGACAGCCACAUGGGUUGGAGGAGGUUACAUCAACGGGACAGCAGAAGCUGUGUAUGUCCCAGGCUAUGGUCUAGCUUGGGCUCAGGCGCCAAUCGGAUAUUCCCUUAGUCUGGUUUUAGGUGGCCUCUUUUUUGCAAAACCCAUGCGAUCCAAAGGCUAUGUGACAAUGCUAGACCCUUUUCAGCAGCUUUAUGGAAAAAGAAUGGGAGGAUUACUGUUUAUUCCAGCUUUAAUGGGAGAAAUGUUUUGGGCUGCUGCUAUCUUCUCUGCCUUAGGUGCCACUAUAAGUGUGAUAGUUGACAUUAAUGUCAAUAUUUCAGUCAUUAUUUCUGCCCUGAUUGCAACUAUGUACACACUUGUGGGUGGUCUUUAUUCUGUGGCCUACACUGAUGUAGUUCAGCUCUUCUGCAUCUUCUUGGGACUGUGGAUCAGCGUACCCUUUGCAAUGUCCCAUCCUGCAGUGACGGACAUUGGGCUCACAGCUGUGCAGCAGGUGCACCAGGCACCUUGGCUUGGAUCUAUCAACUCACUUGACAUUUACACAUGGCUGGACAAUUUCCUUUUACUGACAUUAGGAGGGAUACCAUGGCAAGCGUAUUUCCAGCGAGUUCUUUCCUCAUCUUCUGCCACAUAUGCUCAAGUUCUGUCAUUUCUGGCUGCUUUUGGCUGUCUCGUGAUGGCUCUUCCCGCCAUACUCAUUGGUGCAGUUGGAGCAUCUACAGCCUGGAACGAGACUGAGUAUGGUGUCCCUGACCCCAUGACUAAAAAAGAAGCGGAUAUGAUUUUACCAAUCGUGCUCCAGUACCUUUGCCCAGUCUAUAUCUCAUUCUUUGGCCUUGGUGCUGUAUCUGCAGCCGUGAUGUCGUCAGCCGACUCUUCAAUAUUAUCAGCAAGUUCUAUGUUUGCUCGGAACAUUUACCAGCUUUCCUUUCGGCAAAAUGCUUCAGACAGGGAAAUCGUGUGGGUCAUGCGAAUCACUGUUUUUCUGUUUGGAGCAUCAGCAACAGCAAUGGCACUGCUAGCUUCAUCAGUGUAUGGCCUGUGGUACCUCAGCUCUGACCUUGUUUAUAUCAUCAUAUUCCCCCAGCUUCUGUGUGUGUUGUUUAUUAAAGGAACCAACACCUAUGGUGCCAUUGCAGGAUACUUAUUUGGCCUUGUUCUCAGAAUAACCGGAGGAGAACCAUACCUCUACCUUCAGCCCUUGAUCUACUAUCCUGGCUGUUACCCAGAUGAAAAUAAUAUCUAUAUCCAGCGAUUCCCAUUUAAAACACUUUCUAUGCUUACCUCCUUCUUUACUAACAUUAUAGUCUCCUACUUAGCCAAAUACUUAUUUGAGAGUGGGACUUUGCCACCAAAGCUGGACUUUCUUGAUGCUGUUGUUGCCAGGUACAGUAGAGAACACAUGGACAAAGCAACUCUUGUAAAAAGUGACAAUAUUGUAUUAAAUGAACUUGCACCUGUGAAUCCACGACACAGUCUAACUUUGAGCUCAACUUUCACAAACAAGGAAGCCUUCAAUUAUGUUGAUUCAAGUCCAGAGCUAUCCAACACUGAAGAUAAUUAA